ACAAUAUUUUUUGUGUGUUGUGCUGGGCCUGCUGUUCGCGUACCAUUUCGCACGGCGGUAGGCUAUGUGCCAGUUUAUGUGAUGUUACAAUACAAAUGACACUUGGCGGCGAACUUUCCAGCUUCUUUUAUGUUAUGUUUACACCUUAAAGACCCCUUGAAAGAAAUGUGAUCGUAAAUUAGGAAAGAUAAUUCAAAGUACGAUUCGUGAUAAUGAGAAACAUUCCGGAAUGGGACGUGUCCAAGAGAACACCCGCCGCUCUUACUGGUAGCUACAUCACAACACUGGAAAAGUGGCAAAGCCGACGAAAGAUUCGAUAAUUAACAGUCGAAAAGGCUUGACAGUAACGGAAAGGUAGUGAUUCCACACCACCCACCUGCUUUCUUUUUUCUCGGCUUGAUAACUGGCCAGUGGCCAUUGCAGCAGGCUCCCACGGGCAACAUGGAUGUCCAAGCCGAGCGGCAAUGAGCGGGGCACAGAAGUCGACCAUCAGUGGCUGUGUGGAAACAAAACUCGGAGUGUGUCUUUUUUGUCCUCAAGAUGGGGCAUCCUCCGCUUGAGUUCAGUGAUUGCUAUUCGGACAGUCCUGACUUCAGAGAGACGCUCAAGUGCUACGAACUGGAGCUGGAGAGAACUAGUAAAUUUCUCAAGGAGUUGAUAAAAAACGGAAACAGUGUGAUCAAUGCAAUAAAAGGUUAUUCUCUGGCUGUGCAGAAGUUGUCCCAAACUCUCAGCAUGUUCCAGUUCGACUUCAUCGGUGACUCCCUGACCGACGAUGAGAUUAACAUCGCUCAGUCCUUCCAGGAGUUUGCGGGACUCUUGCAGGAAGCGGAGCAUGACAGGAUGAUGCUGGUUCAGAAUGCCUCAGAUCUACUCAUCAAACCUCUGGAGAAGUUCAGAAAGGAGCAAAUAGGAUUAACAAAAGAGAAGAGGAAGAAAUUUGAGAAGGAGAGCGAAAAAUAUUACUCUCAGUUGGACAAACACCUAAGUCUUUCUGCUAAGAAGAAGGAGAGUCAACUUCAAGAGGCCGAUGAGGUCUUAUGCAAAGAGCGAGACAACUUCUAUGAGUCUUCUGUGGAAUAUGUGUACCAGAUCCAUCAGGUCCAAGACAGGAAGAAGUUUGACAUGGUGGAGCCUGUUCUGGCAUUUCUCCAUAGUGUUUUAACCCUCAACAACCUGACUGUGGAGAUGACGCAGGACUUUAUGCCCUACAAGCAAGAGCUGCAGCUCAGCCUGCAGAAUACGAGAAACCACUAUGAGAGCACCCGUGAGGAGAUGGAGGACCUUAUGACACGAAUGAAACACUCAUCGCAGAGCUGCAAAAUGCCCAGUUGGUUGCCUAUGGAGGGUUAUCUGUUCUGUCAGGAGAAGUGGGCUCUGGGCGUAAGCUGGGUCAAAUACUACUGCAAAUAUCACAAAGAGGGGAGACUCCUGUUCAUGGUACCCUGUGAACAGAAACCCACCACUAAACAGAGUCCCACACAGCUAACCUUGAAGUCCUGCAUUCGCCGGAAGACCGAGUCCAUAGACAAGCGCUUUUGUUUUGACGUGGAAGUUAAUGAAAGAAGCACUCCAGUUACGUUCCAGGCGCUUUCGGAGGGAGACAGGAAGUUGUGGAUGGAGGCCAUGGAUGGAAAAGAGCCUAUCUAUCACUCCCCAAUUCAAAAGCAAGCUGAAAUGGAAUUGAAUGAAAUUGGAUUCAAGUUUGUGCGGAAGUGCAUCAACUAUGUGGAAGAAAAGGGACUGACACAAGAGGGCGUGUACAGAACAGUUGGCAGCAACAUCCAAGUGCAGAAGCUUCUGAAUGCCUUCUUUGAUCCUGCAAACUCAGGAGAAGUGGAUCUGCACAAUGGCGACGACUGUGACAUCAAAACUAUCACCAGUGCAAUGAAGUUUUAUCUGAGAAGUCUGCCUGAACCUCUGAUGACAUACGAUCUGCACCGAGACCUAAUGUUGGCUGCAAAGUCGGACAGUCUUGACUUUCGGCUGAGUGAAAUCCAUUCCCUCACCUACAAGCUACCUGAGAGAAAUCGAGAGAUGCUGGAGAUGCUGAUCAAACACUUGGUCGUUGUGUGCAGUCACAGCGAAGAAAACCUCAUGACUCCUUCAAACAUGGCUGUCAUCUACGGACCCACGCUGAUGAGAGCCAAGGAGGAGACGGUGGCGGCAAUGUUGGACAUUAAAUUCCAAAAUAUUGUUGUGGAGAUAUUGAUCGAGGAAUACAACAAGAUUUUCAGUCAUAUGCCAGAGGAUGGCAACGCCCCACCCAUCCCUCCUCCACGCAUCACCCCAAGAAAGAGGCAGCCCAUCACCAUCUCCAAGCGGCCGCCUCGUCUUUAUCCACCUCUGAGUCACGAGCACUUCCAGCAGCAGCACACAGGGGAUGGCCAGAGUAGCAACUACGUGAUUGAAGCGGACAUCUCAGCAAGUCCAGUUCCCCUGCAGAGGACCAAAUCUUCAAACUGUGCCCCACUUGUUCCCAGAGAACCUCCUCGGAGACAAGCACCAGUGCACAGAGCUAACAGACACGUUGACUGUGACAUAACAAAGGUAGAAAGGCCAGAAUCUUCCUCAGUUCCAAACGGGGAGUCUGGAGUCCCUGUGGGUAGAGUACCUUCAUUCCAGAGCAGGAGACCUCCCCUUAAAGAAUGUGAUUUUCCAAGCAAAACAAGGCCCACAGAGAAACCCCCCAUAUGCAGACCCCCGACUAGGCCCCCUGAGCCACCCUCCAGGCAGCCUUCACUCAAGAUGCAGAGCACUGCCAGCAGCGAUGGAGCCACAGCGUCCUAUGUUGCCUCAAAAAUGAAAUUUUUUGAGAAUGCCUCAAAGCAAGUUGCCAGUCUGCCAGUCCCCCAGUGUCCGUCAGCACCAACCAAUGUGAAAAAGGAGAAGUCCAGCUAAAGAACAUGGUGGCCUCCACGCCACGCACGCCAAGCCGGAGGACGGCACCGAUGUACUGAUCUGUGAUUGGCCAGCUUGUUUAAACAUGGAGGUCUUUGUUGUUGCAUAAUCUUCCUCCAUGUUGUUGUGCUGUGUUAAAAAUGACAAAUAAGUUGUUUCCCUCAUCCUUCAAGUAUACAUCUUCAAAUUAUUUUAAGGUCAGAAAUGUCCAAAAUGAGGAUUAGAAAUGUCAGUAUUGAUAAAACACUUCCAGCCCAAACAGUCGGAUUUCUCUUCCACUUUGUUCUUUUUAAUUCCCCUUAAUAUGUUGCUCUUUUAAUGACACAAUAAGAAUACUUACAAGUAUUACAUUAAGUAUUUUUUGCCCUUUGUAGGUCAGCUUUGGCUUAAAAUAUUUUUGUGUGACAGUUUAUGACAGUUUUCUGUUCCAUGUUGAGCUGCCAUGUUUUGUUCUUGUCCAAUGAUGAUUCUGUUUAUGCUUCAUUGGGCUUUGAUAAAGGAAACUAAUAAUAAUGAACAGCAUGAUUUGUUGGGGGGGCAGUCUUGGUUCUGUGUCAUUGUGUGACUUCAUAAUAACUAGAACUGGCAAAUCAUUUUAUAUAUAUACGUAUAUACACACACACACACACACACACACACUACAAUGCAUUCAAACCUUUACAGGUGACCUUAAUGUGACCUUCCUAAGCUUUUGAAUGCAUAUGUCCAACUGUUAAAUAUUUCACUCAUUUUUGCAUAGGUUGCUGUUCUCUAACGAAGACCUUAACGGCCAAAAUCCCAGCAGGUGUUUGAUCCUUGAAUGCACCACUAAAUAUCCUGGUUGGAUUAGAGCUGCUGUUCACAUUUUCAACACCAAACAACGGACCAACGGUCUCUUGCCAUCAGGAUGUUCAAACAGGAAGUGCUCAGACGGAAGUGGCUGAGCACUGAGCUUGGAGCGCCACAGUGUCAUCAGCAGGUUGCAACACAGAUAUGGAGAGCCUGGAAGAGCCACAAAGGCGUAGAAGUGGACGUCCUUUGGCCGCAUCCCGUGCUGAUGACCGCUACAUUGGGAACGCUGCCCUGAGAAACCGGAUGCCACCCAACUCCAGGCACGUUGAAAGGCACCCAAGUGCCACGUCAGACCAUUCCAAACCGCUUACAUCAGCGUGGUCUGCACGCUAGAUGACCUGCACGGUACCGACGCAGUCGCACCCUCGGAACGGCUGUUGGAGACUGGCGUGCAUCACAUGGAAUGUCCUGCACUUUUUGUCCAGACCUGAAUCCCAUUGAAAACCUGUGGGCUGUCUCGCCGUGGAGAGGCUCGAAACCCCGCACCCCAGAACCUCGAAGACCUGAGGGCUGCCCUGCAAGAAGGGUGGGAUGCCGUGCCUCAGCAGGCAAUACGUUGCCUUGUGAACAACGUAUACAACAGAGACAUUGUUGUCAAGCAGUAGUUGAUGCUCAAGGGCACAUGGAGAUGGGAUGGAGACGUUGGAAUGUUUUCUUGUGGCGUC